AUGGCUCCCUCCGCUCCCGGAACCGCCAGCAACUCGCCGGCCAAAAAGACCUCAGCUCCGGAGAAAAAAUACAAGUGUCAAUUUUGCAAUCGCGCCUUCAGCCGCAGCGAACACCGAAGCAGACAUGAGCGUUCUCACACCAAAGAACGACCCUUCAAGUGUUUGAAAUGCCGCAGCACAUUCGUCCGUCGUGACCUUCUUUUGCGCCAUGAUCGAACUGUUCACGCCAAAGAUGGAGGAGUUCCUCUGGUUGCAGAGGGCCGCAGACGCGGUGGAGGUGUUCAGAAGCCCUCAUCAGCAGGAUCGGGCCCUUCAAAGCCUUCGAUCACUAUUGAUCCAGCUACGCUAGAGCAGAUUGAGGCAAGCAGUGAUGGUAUGGUCGACCUUGAAACUGCAGCUAUGUUGAUGACAGAUUUCCAACAUAAGGCUGCAGCAGCGGCGACUGGUCAGGUUUCCGAACGCUCCGAAUCGCUUUCCCCUGGUCGUGGCUCGUUUGAUCCCUACCUAUCUGGCAACGCGACCCUGCCCCAGAUGCCUUGGGACACUCUCGUUUCCCCCGUGGAUAGCACCUCGAUGCCUACUCUCGUUGACCGCCACGGGCCCGUCGGCGAUGUCCUUCUGUCCAACUCGAUGCCCAUGUCUGGAAACUCAACUCCUAACGCGUUGUCCCCGUAUCCCUCCAUGACUGGACCCGUUAGUCCGGUGAACUACCGCCGCUCUCCCGGCCCUAGUCAAGCAUUGACCCUGCCAAAGGCCCCUCAAAUUGCAGAUGAUAUCGAGCGCAAUCUUUUGGUAGAGAGCGUCCAAGACGCUGAUCAUCUUGGUGCCCUCCCAGACACUUUCCAGCUGCCUGCUACUCUCUCAUUGAACAGAUACUUGUCUACCUAUUUCAAUCUGUAUCACCCGCAUCUGCCGUUCCUGCAUCAGCAAUCAUUCAACCCGAUCACUGUGUCGCCCCCUUUGCUGCUCUCCGUCCUAUCGAUCGGCGCUCUCUACACCUUUGAGCGCGAGCAGGCUUUCAUGCUCCAUGUCGGGUCGAAGGUAUUAGUCAACCAGUUUCUUCAGCACAAGGACAACUUCGACUCGCGCAAGUGCCCUCUGUGGCUCAUGCAGAGCAGCCUGUUGAACAUGGUCUUUGAGAGCUGGUCUGGUGACCCCAAGGGACUUGAGUGGACCUGCUCCAUCAAGAGUCUUCUGGCCAACAUGGUUGCCGGUAACCGCUACCAGCUCAAGGUUCGCACCGAGGCACGCCAGGGCAUCCAGCCAUCGCGGGAGGAGUGGAUCGAGGAUGAGUCGUGCCGCCGCACCUACUUCGCGGUGUACAUUUUCUUUGGCAUGCUCACCUUGACUUUCAAUCACACCCCCGCCAUGAGCUUCGAUGAGUUCGACACUUUGGAACUUCCUUCAUCUGAGUCGCUCUGGAAUCUCGAUGCCUCUGAUGAGGAGACCUGGCGCCGCGCCUCAAUCUCAAGCACCUUAACUGUUCGUGAGGCACACGACUUCCUUUUCCAGGGCGAGCAGACUCGCUACAGCGCCUUCGCUACCCGUGUCUUGAUCAAUGCUCUGUUCCUGCAAGUCUGGAACCACAAACGUAGCUUCGAGGCCCUGCAGGAUGUCGUCACUGAGUACAAGCUCCGCUUGGCUUUGGAGACCUGGGAGAGCUCUCUGGAGGUGUGUGAGCCAGAGACCAUCGUUGUCCCUCUCAGUACCCCCCAGAAGGGCCAUCCUCUGAUCUUCAACUCCAUGGCCGUCUACCGCAACACGCGCGCCCGCCUGGAAGUUGACCUGAAGUCCAUCCAGGAGGCCAUGCGGUACCACUCCUCCUACGAAGUGGCGGCCGCUAUGACUGUUGCCCGCGAGAAGGUUAAGCGUUCCCAGGAGAUGAACAAGGUUGUGCAGCAAUGCUUCGAGUGCAUUGAGAUUGCUGCCAUCCAGGGCAUUAACUGGGUUGCAAAGACCUCCGCCACCAACUGGAGUGUCGAGCACCCUCUCUGUGGUCUUGACCUGAUGGUCAUUCUCAGUCUCUGGCUCUAUCGCCUGGAACAUGACGAAGAGCCAGCCACCGAGGCCGAGAUGGCCAUCUACAACAAGGUUCGCAAUCUGUUUGAUGACGAUGCCAUCGACGCCUUUGGCAAACUCAGCAGUACUGUCGCCCGCGUAUGGGGUAAUAUCCUGGACGGCGUUGUUGUUUGGGGAAUCACCAAACUGAUGGGCGAAUCAUUCAAGCUCCAUUCGCAAGCUCUUGUCGGCUACGAAGAUUCUCUGCGUGUCGCAAAGGAUCAGCCGAUUCACGCCGUGUCCACGAAGUCGCUCGCCAGCGUCGGAACGGCCUAUUAA